CUCCGCGAACCGCCGGCUGGAUUUCAGAAAUGGCAAGGCAUGUGUAUUUUCAGAAAACAUUAUUCAGUUACUAAAUAUCCUGGAAUAAGCAAUACUUUCGCGACAAUAGUCUGCGAUGGUGAAAUUAAUAAAACCCGGUUUAUAUGAAUUGAAGAGCAAAGUUAGUCCGAGCAUGAAGAACCGUUUGUCCGCUCAUUCCAUUCAUCUAUACGGCCAUUGUGUUGAGCGUAGCAAUGGGAACGAAUUUAGUCUCCUGUGCUUAUUGAUCUUGAGUUCGUCUUGUCACCGAGCUUGUUAAAGCAAAGUGACACGUAAGACUUUCUACUUACUCCAUUAUGUCGUCCCGCGGUGGUGCAAGAAAGCGUUUAAAAAAUAGGAGUAAAUCACAAAGAGCAAAUUUAUUGUUUCCUGUCAGCAGAUUGCAUCGUUACUUGAAGAAAAGCACACAUAAAUUAAGAAUCGGAGUUGGGGCCCCUAUUUAUGCUGCUGCUGUGAUUGAAUAUCUUACAGCUGAGGUGCUCGAGUUGGCCGGCAAUGCUGCCAGAGACAACAAGAAGUCACGCAUCACUCCUCGCCAUAUAUUGCUGGCCAUUGCUAAUGAUGAGGAACUUCACACUUUGUUGCGCAAAGUCACCAUAGCCUCUGGAGGUGUAUUGCCCAAAAUUCAUCCCGAGCUCCUAGCAAAGAAGCGAGGGGGGAAGCUCAUCACAGGAAGUAAUGGACCCCUCACAGUCCCUUACAAGAAGGCCAUUGCUACCAAACCCGUCACUCACAAAAAAGUGAGUCCAGGAAAAGUUGGUCCACCAGGCACAGAUGCCAGCGACUCUGCACCCGUUGCAUCUGUCAAAGCUGCAGGCACGUCAAUCGCCAAAUUGCGACGAGGCAAAGAUGCCAGUGCUACCAGCUCAUCAGUCUCUGCGCCCACCGCCCCCAACUCCUUCUCUGUGUUGUCUGAGAAGAAGCUUUUCCUUGGCCAAAAGCUGACAGUGGUACAGGCAGACAUCGCCUCAGUGUCAGCUGAUGCCGUCGUCAACCCAACCAACUCUUCGUUCUCGCUGGUCGGCGAGUGUGGCCGAGCGCUUGAGAAAAAAGGAGGCAAGGAAUUCGCCAAAAACGUGGCUGACAUCAGCGCCAGUCAUGGACAACUCGCCCAGUCAGAUGUUGCCAUUUGUCCUGGAGGUUCGAGUUUACCAGCCAAGUUCGUUAUCCACGUGAACGGUCCGACCAGUUCGGACACCGACGCGUAUGGGCGGCUGGAGCGCUGCGUCAAGAACUGCUUCGUCCUCGCGGAGUCCCACAAUCUCAAGUCCAUCGCGCUCCCUUCCAUUGGCAGUGGCCGUGCUGGGUUCCCGAAGCAGGCGGCUGCGCAGACCAUCAUCAAGAGCAUUCACCAGUAUUUCGUGAGCUCCAUGUCGUCAUCACUGAAGCAAGUCUACUUUGUUCUCUACGACAUGGAGAGCAUAGGCGUCUACACGUCCGAGCUUGCCAAGCUUGAUGCCUGAACAAAUACAAAGCCCUGCUAACGGUAUUGUGGUUUUGCAGAACACUGCCGUCUGAUGAAGUACAACCUUCGCUGGAUAUGUUGCCCGACGUACUAUCUUAUAAGUGGACUGUCCAGUGUGUCGCCUAGCUUACGAGUGCACGUUUGUGUAGCUUUUCUAAGUGAGCAAUUCAUCUUACUGGUUUCCUUUUCAAUUUCCGCCGGUUACAGCUACAUGAAAAACUUCAUGGCUACUUGAACAACUUUUGCCCAGUGACAAAUGAAUCUUCUGCAAUUUCUUGUGCUAUAACUCACUUUUUGUGAGUUAUUCAUGAUUUCGGUCAUUGCUAAGCUAAACCUCAUUGCCAGUAGAUUCAUAUGCAGUGUAUAUUAUUCAGGUCUCGGGUGUGAGGAUAGGUUGUGGUGACGACAUUCCACGCACAUCUCGUCUCUGUGUAUCAUAUCAUCUGAGCGCCUGACGUACCGUGACAUCUCAUAGGAAUCUUUUUCUGUUUUUCUCCUUUUCUUCUGCUGUUGAUCAGCUUCUUUGUCUACCGGAGAUGCUAGCUCUACCUGAUCAAUGUGGGUGCACUGGCAAUUGUGAGCCUCCAGCUAACUGAUGAUGAAUAAUGUACCUAUCAGUCACAAAUUUUUACUAUCAAGAUCUUGCGUUUUGUUGGCGGUGAACGAUUGCCGGAUGUUAGACUGCCUCGACACUACCAUUAACUUUUUUCCACUCUAUUAUUGCUACAAUUUCAUGAUAUUGACAAUGUUCUGUAUUUUAAAUUAUAUUUAUUGGAUAUUGCCAGAGAGUCUAUUUCAUAGAACCAUUUUUCACGGAGUGCGAUAGAAGUUUAGUCCACGCAAGCUGUCAUGCUGUUCGUAAUAUUAUACUCUUACUUCUGCUCUCACACCUCGCUGCACUCGUUCGUUAAUAUUAAACUGUAUUGAAGCUACCUAGCCUUUUGCGGUGCAAUUGUUUUUUAAGAGUUAAGUCACACACCACGCAUUUAUCUGAUUCAGUUGAUGUUUAGGGACUAAUUUAGCGUGCAACUUCACUCAUCAAAUAAGUGAGCAUUAGUCAGCCAUCUCCUUCUGAAGAGGUCCACGAAUGAUUGUUCGGUGACAAACUUCUAAUUUGUUUGCAGUUAUCCCCUAUUAUCCGUAAUUAAUUAUAGAUGUGAUGAUGCUGAUGAGUAAUAAAUUCCCAGCUCUCUUUUGCAGUGUUUUAUGUUUGGUAUUAUUUAUGGUAUCAUAAACAGUUGAGAAAGUUAAUUCAUGAAUAGCAGUGUAUCGGAUGUACUCUGACAUCGUUCCUUGUAGUUAUAAGCAUUUGCAUGAGUUUCAUACUGUUUAUACUAGUUACGGUAUCAUUGUUAAUGUUCUUGAUGAGUAUAGUAUUAUGUUUUCCAAAAGGCAUUUCUGAAUGCCCCCGUGUUGGUCAGUUAUUAUAUUCUGUUGAAGCUUUAUGUUAUUCUGCAAAUAAGCGCUUUUGGAUUAGUUUAUAAGUCUUUUAUCUACCUAUUCGUUUUGGUAGAAAUAAAUCAUGUGAAAACAUUUUGUUUUGAGAAAUAUGGGAAUAGUUUAUUUCGUCGUAUUUUAUUCGUAAAUCUUAUUAUUCUAGUCUCAGAAAUGUGCUGUUUUGGCCAAAUGAAGAUUAUUUUACAUGUGCUAUUAAAGAUCUAACUUUAAUUACAACAGUUUGUGAACUUUCGUUAGAAUUUGCGGACAUUUAAAAAACACUCAUCCUGUGUCAGUUAAUUGGCAUUAAUUUCCGUGAAUUAAAUGCCACCCAUUGCCACUUCUAGUUUCCUAAAGAAUUCAUUCUUAAAUUUUGGUUCGCGGACAAAGACUUCUCCGUUUAUGAUUUUCCAAUGAAACCUAUUUUAGUUCUGUGUUUUUUUUUUUUGUGGGCAUGUUUGUUCGUGAAGACAUGUGUUUUGAACUGUUUAUUGUAAUGUUCAUUAUAAGGAUGUUUAUGAUUUAAGGAGCAGAGGCGCUGUUUAAGACGUCAGAGGUUGAAAUGUUUUACAUUAGUGAUACGUAUAUGUGAAGAAAUGAAGGUGGCAUACUACAUCAUCAGUCAUUUGUGAUGUGCACAAGUUAAGAUAAUUUAAAUGUUCUAUGUUGCAUGUGACGAGAAACUGUACGUUGAAGAUGUUGUGAGUGGAAUCCUUGUUGAGCACGAGUGAAGAAAUUUAAUCCAGUAAUGAAUGUUCAGAAUUUUUUUACACAUUUGCAGAAGCUUUUCCUUCAUCUCAUGGCAUUCAAAUUUCUGAAAUGGAAGUGUAAAAUUAUAUUUAUCAGGUAUUGUGGGCUCGCACAUUUGCUACAAGUUCAAUAAAACCUCGAGUGUUUCCUAUUACCCGUCACCAAUAUUACUAAUGGAUGUAAUAAUAUUUCACAAUUUUUAUUUUUAAUCGCUUAGUUCGAUUUUAUCAUUUCUUACAACACAGUAAAGCAAUAGUUUUGAUCAUCGCCAACUCAACACCAACUUUAGUGUGCGCGAGUGGUUAAGAUCAGCAAAAUUUUAAUUGCGAUUUUUGCGCCAUAUGAUAAUAUUUAAUGCCUAGCAGAGAUGUGCCCAAUAAUCAUUGCAACUACUGACACGUACCUUAUGUACCGGUAUAUCUUUAUUAAUGUUGAAAGUAGACAUUAUUUUGUAUCCUCUCAUUUCUACUACGGAAAUGGUCCCUUUGAACUUUUUUUGCUACUCUACAAUUUAUGUGUACGGAAAAAAAGUUCCAUUUACUGAACACAUAUUUUUAGCGAAUUUGAAAGUUGGGAAAUGCUUGCAAUAAAAAGUCAUCACAA